UAAAAUAAAAAUACAUGACGGUUAACACUGUGACCUUCUAGUAGAAUUAUUGGGAUUCCAUAUUUACCUAAGACAUUUGUGUACAUCGAAUAUCACUAGCGUUAAUUGAUUCGUCUUUUAUAUAUAAAUACGCGAAUUCGGUUCCAGAAUUCAGAAUCAGUUACGGUUUAGUGAGAUAAACAUGGGGCUGAUAACGAAUGUUAUUUUAGCGACAACGCUGCUAGCCGGUUUAUGUUCCUCUGCAGCAAUCAAAGAGCUUCCAGGAACUCAGAAUGCAUCACCUCAUAUACUUGGUGGCCCAAGCAACCCAAAUUCCUACCCACCAGGCCAACACCCUCAACAAAAGAGAGAAACGCCCAAAGAUGAUAUCAAACUAGGAGGACCCUCAAACCCUAAUUCUUACCCACCAGGCCAACACCCACAACAAAAGAGAGAAACACCCAAGGAUGAUAUCAAACUAGGAGGACCCUCAAACCCUAAUUCUUACCCACCAGGCCAACACCCACAACAAAAGAGAGAAACACCCAAGGAUGAUAUCAAACUAGGAGGACCCUCAAACCCUAAUUCUUACCCACCAGGCCAACACCCACAACAAAAGAGAGAAACACCCAAAGAUGAUAUCAAACUAGGUGGACCUUCAAAUCCUAAUUCUUACCCACCAGGCCAACACCCACAACAAAAGAGAGAAACACCUAGAGAUGAUAUCAAACUAGGAGGACCCUCAAACCCCAACUCUUACCCACCAGGUCAACACCCACAACAAAAGAGAGAAACACCCAGAGAUGAUAUCAAACUAGGUGGACCCUCAAACCCUAACUCUUACCCACCAGGCCAACACCCACAACAAAAGAGAGAAACACCCAAAGCAGAUAUCAAACUAGGUGGACCUUCAAACCCUAACUCUUACCCACCAGGUCAACAUCCACAACAAAAGAGAGAAACACCCAAACUAGGUGGACCAUCAAACCCUAACUCUUACCCACCAGGCCAACAUCCACAACAAAAGAGAGAAACACCCAAAGAAGAUAUCAAACUAGGUGGACCCUCAAACCCUAACUCUUACCCACCAGGCCAACACUCACAACAGACGGGAGAAACACCCAAACUAGAUAAAGCUUCAAACUCUAAAUCUUAUCCAGCAGGACAACACCCACAAGAGAAGAGAGAAACAUCAAAAGAAGAUUCCAAACUGGUUGGUCUUUCAAAUCCUAGCUCUAAAGUACCAGACCAACUCCCAAAAAAAGAUAGAGAACCAACAAAUGACCCCAAACUAGGUGGAGCUUCAAAUCCCAACUCUUACCCUCCAGGUCAACACCCACAACAGAAAAGAGAAACGCCAGAAGGAUACAUCAACUUGGAUGGUUCUGCAAAUGUUGACCCAACUAAAACCAUCCUUUCUACAACACAAACUCCAAACUAUGCAUUGGAACAUUCAGAAUUAUCGAAGAAUGCAGAAGACAAAAAGGAAAUCAUAAAGACUACAACUUAAUGUUCUAUAUUAUUUAAAAUAAAAAACUUGAGGAAUA